AUGCCCCCGUCGGAGCCGGACUCUGUGGAGGAAGACAAGCCAGAACUGGAGCCGAUGGAGAUUGAGGAGGCGGCUUUGUUGGCUUUCAGCCUGCCCAACCUUCCUGCUGCCCGGCAGCGAAGGGCGACAUUCUCCAUCUCCAGCCCUACAGGGACAUACUCCAUCCCCAGCUCUGGAGGAACAUACUCCAUCCCCAGCCCUGCAGGGACAUACUCCAUCUCCAGCCCCUGCUCUACACCGCGGUCAUGCACCAGUUCUGGUCAGCCGAAAUUGUAUCCCCAUGAAUACCCCAGUUUCCAGGAUCUCUCCCAGGCGACCUCUGUCUUCUACAGCCCCAGCCCCACCAGCUCCCCCAGGAACGUUUGUGGAAGGGAGACAUACUCCAUCCCCUGGUCUGGUUGUCCCAAAUUCUUCUAUGAUACCUCUGACCUCCCCAGCAUCAUAGAUCUCUCCCAGGCGACCUCUGUCUUCUACAGCCCCACCAGGAGCACUUGUGAGCCAGGAAGGGGAACAUACACCAUUUCUGGCUCCUCAUCCGGUCCCGACGCGCCCAGCACACAAAACCUGUCACAGCUCACCUCCGUCUUUGGCAGCAGCUUCCCCUCCACCCAGCUGAUCUCCCAGCUGCCCUCGGUCUUCUCUAGCCCUGGUACUGCUGGGCAGGGAGGGGGUCCUUUCUCCUACUCUUUCAUUCCAGAUGCACCCAGCACACAAAACCUGUCGCAGCUCACCUCUGUCUUUGGCAGCGACCUGGCCUCCACCCAGAAUCUCUCCCAGCUGUCCUCGGCCUUCGGUAGCCCUGCUUUUGCUGCCCCUGCUUAUGUUAGCCCAGAAGGGGGUUAUUUCUCCUACUUUUCAGACACACCCAGCACACAAAGCCUGUCGCAUUUCGCAGUCUUUGGCAGCAGCCCGGGCGCCUCCCAGCUGUCCUCGUUCUUCGGUGCCCCUGCUGGUGCUGCUGGGUCGGAUGUGGGUUAUUUCUCCUUCACUGAGCCAGGAAGGGGAAUAUUCCCCAGUUCUGAUACGUCCAGUCCCGGCCCGCUCACCCCACAAAACCUGUCGCAGCUCACCUCUGUCUUUGGCAGCACCCAGCCUACCUCGGCCUUCUCUGGCCCUAGGUCCCUGUCCAUGUCAAUGCCCCUCCCCAGCCCGCAGCAGCCCUUCCUCCCCAUCGGGGCUUCAAGCCCCAUCCAGCAGGGGCCCGCUUCCCCCUGCGCUCCAUGCGCUUCCGAUCCGUCCAGUAUGCAGAGCCCGUCCCCGCUGCCCUCCAUGUACAUAAGGCCAACUGCCAGGCCGGGAGGCAGGAUAUUCACCUUCCCCAGCGUUUCAGGCAGCCCUGAUCUCUCUGGCAUGCAGAGCCCCUCCCCGCUGCCCUCCGCCUACAUGAGGCCCUUUGUGAAGCCAAGACAGAGGAUAUUCACCUUCCCCACUAUUAUAGGCAGCCCUGAGCUACAGAACACCACCCCGCUGCCCUCCAUGUACAUGAAGCCCACUUCUGGCCUGGAAGGGGGGACAAUGCCCUGCUCUCAAGGGACCCCCGAGGCACCCAGUACCCAGAACCUGUCCCACCUGACCUCCGUCUUCGGCAGCAAUCUGCCCUCCACCCAGCUGAUCUCCCAGCUGCCCUCGGUCUUCAGCCCUAGCUCCAUCCUUGGCAGGACCCCUACCCCGGGGAACAUGUCAAUGCCCCUCCCCACCCAGCAGCAGCCCUUCUUACCCAUUGAGGCUUCAAGCCCCAUCAGCCCCUGCGCAUCCACUCCUUCUGGCCCUUAUCCCCCCUCCAACAUGGUCCCCUCCUGGGAUUCCUACGGUGGCUUGCAGCUUCCACCUCCUGUCAGUGACCCCUUUUCCCAGUUCUCCACUAGCCUCUUCUCAGGAUCUGACUCUGGGAGGUCUCCCCUGCCCGCCAUGCCCAGCAUGUCCCCCAUGAACCUCUCCCGCCAUGUAUGCUUCCCUGGGGAUGUCUAUGGUCUCGGGGGGGACUCUUACCAGGCCCCCUACAGUCCUGGCCAAUUUUCUCCCUAUUCCCCAUCUGGCACUUUCUCCCAGCUAGACCCCUGCAGUCCACUCACCCCCGCCAGCUCUCCCGGUGGCAGCCCUUUCUUCCAGCUGGCUCCAGACUCUUUUCCCAGCACGGUCUCCAGUCCCUACAGCUCCCUGGGGGCCUGCAGCCCUUUUAGAGUUGUGCCCCCAGCCAGUUCCCCUGACACGUCCAGCCUCUAUGGGCCCAUGUUCCCGGCCAGCUACGUCUCCAGCAUCUAUGGCCCAAUGGUCUCGGCCAGCCCCACUUACGGAGGCAGCCCACUAUUCUCCAGCGGUCCCUCCAGCCUCUUCAGCCCAGUAGGUGUAGCUAGCUCUCCUGGCACCAUUUGUGUCCCGUCACCCAUCCAAUUCUCCCCACUGAUCGCUUCAUCCCCAAGACCCAUCACACCACCCAUGGGCCAGCCUGGCAGCCCGGAGCCUGCUGAAAAGAGUGAUCGCCGCACCCAAGCCACUGCCAUGGGCAGAGAUUCCAAGACUGCAACCUUUGAACGUAUUGUGGGGGAGAUCGCCUUCCAGCUUGACCGACGGAUCCUCUCCAGCAUCUUCCCCGACCGGGUCCGCCUCUACGGCUUCACCGUUGGCAACAUCCCUGAGAAAAUAAUGCAGGCUGAAAAUGACACCGUCAACCCCCUGACCGCAGAACAGCGGACGGCCAUGAUGGAUCGCUACAAUGAAAUCAUGAACCGCCUGAAGCCACAUAACUACAACCCCUCCUACCACCCCCAGUUCACCGAGCACAUUGUGAACACCUACGGCAUCCUCCGCGAACGCCCCGACGCCACAGGCUCCGAAGCUCAGCUGUACAAUGACCUCACCUACCUGAACGAGGUGAUUGUCAGCGUGGUGCCCCAGGACAAGGUGGCCGACUGCCUGAUCCUGCUCAACUGCCUCCGACAGCUGUCCCAGGCCGACGGGAAGCCCCUCUUCAUCUGGUGA